UCGUCUCCCGCACAUCAGCUCCCUGCAGAGGAGCAGCGCAAGGGCACAAAGGAACAGCAGCCAUGGCGACAACACCUCAGGACAGCAGCGGCCUGUGGAAGACGCGCUACACGAUGGCGCUUCUGUGCCUCCUGGGGUUGACCUCCAGCUUGACAACGCGCGUCAACCUGUCGGUGGCCAUCGUGGACAUGGUCAACGGGACGGCCGUGCGGGAGCGGGACUCCAACGGCAGCGCCCUCUUCUUCUUCGAUCCUGACGCCUGUCCGGGGGAGCUGGCGGUCAGGGGUCAGGGUGGUCGCAAAGAUGGCGACUUCACGUGGGACAAGCAAAAGCAGGGUGAGCUCCUGGCUGCCUUUUACUACGGCUACGUUAUCGGACACGUUCCUGGCGGCAUGCUUGCCGAUUACUUUGGAGGGAAGAUAGUGUUCGCAGUCAGCGUCUUCGUUUCGUCUCUGCUCUCUGUUCUCUCUCCGGCUUCGGCGUGGGCUGGUGACUACGUCCUCUUUGCCAACAGAGUCGCACAGGGACUGGUGCAGGGUGGAAUAAUACCAACCAUACAAACUCUUAUCUGCAGGUGGGCGCCAGACCACGAAAGAAGCAAGUUCUCUAUAAUUUUUCUAGGGCAAUACGUCGGUACGGUGUUAUCAAUGGCAGCAACAGGCGCUCUAUGCGCGACGUCGCUACGAUGGCCUCUGACCUUCUACGUGUUUGGCGGCGUCGGACUGCUAUGGUGUCUGCCAUGGUGGCUGCUGGCUUCCGAUUCGCCAGCACAGCACAAGAACAUCGACCCGGAUGAGCGUCGAUACAUCGAGGCCACUAUACAAUCGAGUGCCAAGCAAAAACUGCCAGUGCCCUGGAGAAGCUUGCUGUCGACGCCAGCUAUCUGGGCGCUGGUAGCGUACUUCGUGACUUACGACUGUACCUUCUACCUGUUUCUCUCUUCGCUGCCGCUCUAUAUCGCCGACAUCUUGCACUUUGAUGUGGAAAGUAAUGGCAUCCUAUCUUCUGUUCCUCACAUCACUGGCGCAGCUGGUAAUUUGCUGUUUGGCUGGUUGAUUGACCUUAUUCUCCGGAAGGACUACGUGUCAAAAAUGUGUGGAUUCCGUAUCAUAAACGGAAUAGGUCUGUUGGUUCCCGCGGUGGCGCUGGUGGUGGUGGCGCUGGUGGGCUGCGACUCGGCCGCCAUCGUGGCGAUGCUGGCGCUGAGCGGCUUCUGCAUGGCCUCUCACUGCACCGGCAUCUACAUGAACAUGCAGGCCAUAGCGCCCAACUACGCUGGCACCAUCGUCGGUUUCGUCAACACCUUCGCCAACAUAUCGGGCAUCAUCGUCCCGUACAUCGUUGGAGCCGUCACAAAUGCAAAUCCGACACGGGCGACGUGGAACAUGGUGUUCUACAUGGCAGCGGCGGUGUUGGUAGCGGGAUACGUCCUCUACGCCGUCUUCACCACCUCCGAGGAGCAGCCUUGGAACGUCCCACCCACAGAAAACGGAUUCUCAGUGAAGAACGACAAGGGCAUCGUAAAUACCAUCUUUCACGGGGACGACUCUCAACGCAACAGCUGAAAGUUUACUACACCAGCAUACUUUGCAGCCCAUCUGCCUCAAUCUUAG